AUGUCCCCGUCGCUCCUCCUGCUUCCCUCCUCUACUACUACUUGUAGGAGGCUUCUGCCUCCGCCAUCCCGCUGCUUCGCCUCUUCCUCGCGCGCUUCCUUCCCCCUACGGCCUCGACACCGCAUCCGCCUCGUGUGCGCCGCCGAGCAGCCCAACGGUGCCGCCUCCCCUGGCUCUGGCUCUGGAGGCGACGCCACGGCAAACCCAACCAACAACGGACUGCCCAAGAACAGGAGGGAUAUUCUCCUGGAAUACGUCAAAAAUGUCCAGCCAGAGUUUAUGGAGCUCUUCAUAAAAAGAGCUCCAGCACAGGUUGUCGAGGCCAUGCGCCAAACGGUGACUAAUAUGAUGGGCACUUUACCACCACAGUUUUUCGCUGUAACUGUCUCAACGGUUGCUGAAAAUCUGGCUCAGCUUAUGUACAGUGUCCUAAUGACUGGAUACAUGUUUAGGAAUGCACAGUACCGCCUGGAAUUGCAACAGAGUUUGGAGCAGAUUGCUCUUCCGGAACCAAAAGAAGAAAAGGAUUCGCCGGAUUAUGCCCCUGGAACCCAGAAAAAGGUAACCGGGGAAGUUAUCCGUUGGAAUAAGGCUACUGGACCUGAGAAAAUCGAUGCUGUAAAAUAUAUAGAAUUGCUUGAAGCAGAAAUCGAUGAGCUGAGCCGUCAAGUUGCUAGGAAAUCGUCGCAAGGAAGUAAUGAGCUGUUGGAAUAUCUGAAGAGUCUAGAGCCUCAGAAUUUAAAGGAACUCACGAGUACUGCUGGGGAGGAUGUCGUCUUUGCCAUGAAUGCGUUCAUAAAACGUCUCUUGGCGGUGUCUGACCCAGAGCAGAUGAAGACAGCAGUCUCGGAAACAAGUGCAAAUCAGCUGGCCAACCUGCUGUUCUGGUUGAUGAUCGUUGGGUACAGCAUGCGCAACAUUGAGGUGCGGUUUGACAUGGAGCGAGUGCUGGGUGCUCCCCCAAAGGUGGCAGAGCUACCACCUGGUCCUGGAGAGAGCAUAUAG